AUGGCUCCGGUGCCAGACUCGACUGACUCUUCGGCCGACUUCGUCUCUGGCCUGCCAAGAAGAAUAUUCGGGUCGAACGAGUCCUGCUCGCUGAAUGGGAAAGAAUGCAAGAGGUUCCGGGAGUGUCCGGAAGCGGAAUCCAUUUUCGAACAGAAUCCAACAGCCUUACUCUCUCGCCUGUGCUCGAUUAGCCCCUACGAAUGCGAGGAGUACAAGGCUAUGCUGACCCGGACCAGAUCCCUAAUAUGCAACAGCAGACCCCAACCACUGAUCGUCGGUGGAACGGCAGCUGCCCCUCAUGAGUUCCCUCACAUGGGCUCACGGGAGACAUCUACCGUCGAAGCUAUGCACCUGACUGAAGGCGACAAAGAGUACUGA